AUGGAAGUAUUUUCUUCAAAGUCCCUUCUCAUUAUUUUUGCAUUUAGUUUCAUCAUACACUCUAUACAAGCAAGAGAAAGCAACACCUUAUUCAUUAGAAAUUCUUGCAGUUCCACAACUUAUCCAAGACUAUGCUAUGCAUCCUUGGUGAAGCAUGCUGAUUUCAUUCAAACAAAUCGCGUACUUCUAACAGACACGGCCCUAAACGUGACUCUUGCAUCGGCGAAAUCAACCUCAGCUUUCAUGUCAACUUUCUCUAGAAGCCGGGGUUUGAAGCCAAGAGAGGCUGCAGCCAUGAAGGAUUGCGUCGAAGUGUUGAGUGACUCUCUUGACGAACUCCGAAGGUCUAUUGGUGAGAUGAGUCGUCUUAGGACUUCAAAUUUUGAGGUAAUUAUAAGCGAUGUACAAACUUGGGUUAGUGCUGCUUUGACUGAUGAGUGCACUUGUACCGACGGCUUAGAAGAGAUUAAUGCUAAGGGAAAUAUUCAGAGAAUAGUGAGAGGCAAAAUUGUUCAAGUAGCUCAAUUGACUAGCAAUGCUUUGGCUUUGAUAAACAAUCUUGCCACUUCACAUGGUUAA